CCACCACCAUCAUCUUCUUCCGACUGUCUCCUCUUCCUCCCUCCAUAUAAACCAUCGUGAUCCCUGCGUGCUUCCACCAUCUCCCACCUCUGCUCCCUUCUAGUUCCCUCGGACCAGCGCGCAUAUAUACCAUACCUGUGAUCUGCCACAACCCCCACCGAGAUGCUGUGUGUGUGGACGACGCAGCUGGUCGCUCCAAGCACGGGAGGAUCCAUGGGCGUGGUGCGAGCCGUGUGAUCCACAAGAGUGUGCGUGCACGUAAGGAUGUGCUUCGGCUGCCGUGUCCCCGCCAAGCUCUGGUGGUGAGAGUUCGAGGACAGGCCGCGCACGUACGUACGUGUGAUCAGUACAUUCCAUACUGCUGUGCCGCCCGUGUCUAGCUUCUUGCCGGCGGUCGACAUGUGGGGCGACGUGGUGGCGCUCGUCCGGCAGGGCCUGCGGUGGCGGCGGCGCAGGGGGAGGAGGUCUACGGCGCGGGUGGUGGACGAGAGCGCGCUCGGCCUCGGCGAUGCCGGCGCCGCCGCGGCGGUGGCGCCGAGCGUGGGCGGCGCCCUGGCCAGGGCGCUCCUGGCACUAGCGUGCGCCGUCCGCUUCGACGGCGAGGACCUGCCGACGGAGGAAGCCUGGGCGGCGAGCGUAUGGCGGCCACGGGCCGACGAGGUCAGCCACCUCAUGGUGCGCGAGAGCAUGCGCUAUGCCAUCUACGCGUAGGAUUGUGUAAGUACGUACGAUUGGGGUUGCGUAUAACUAGCUGUGUAUGGUGUAUAACUAGUAGAGUAUUAGAGUGAUGUAUCUUGGAUGUACGUAAAGGUCACCACCACCACCGCCACCAGUCCACCACCACUACUAGAGAGUAGAGAUGCCAUGCCGAUUGGCUUCUCUUAGCCUACGUUAUGUACUGUAGCAUUCUCGGUUAAUCUCAACUUCUGAAGGUCACUGCAAUUUACUCUACAUGUCAACAAAGAUUCAUCUCUUCCUUUUUUUGUA